AUGUCCACCCAAACCUCCUCGGCAUCUUCCCGAUCGCGAACCCUCUCCCGGCCGCUCUUGAACGAGCUAUAUGACUGGUGGCUGCAGGGCGUACCGACAGCGCAUGAUCAGCCUGUAGGUAUGGAGACUUUCAAGCGGUGGUUCACUAGCGACGCCGAGCUAGAUGGGCUGUGCAGGGAGAAGUACGCUUCCGCCGUAAAAGAGGCUGAGGGGCUGAGUCCGGAGGAAGUGGGGCGGAUCGUGCAGACUCCAGAAGAGGCUGUUGGAGCUGUUCUGCUACUGGACCAGAUUCCGCGGAAUAUCUUUAGGGGGACAGAGGCGGCUAAGGUGUACGAGCUGUACGAUCCGAAAGGUGUCCAUCUCGCCAAAUACUACCUAGUGGAUAAAGACUACAGCCGUAGAGACGCCUUCCCGCAUUUCGCGCGGUCCAUGUGGCUCUACAUGCCUUUAAUGCACAGCGAGAAUAUCUCUGACCACGACCUCUUCGCCUCCUUACUGGAAAAACGGAGUGCAGAGGUCCAGACCGAAGCAGAGCGGGCCGCAUUGGACAACAUAUCGAGUUUUGAGGGGAAACACCGCGCGGUGCUCGAGAAGUAUGGCCGAUAUCCGAGCCGGAACGAGGCGCUAGGCAGGAAAAGCACCGCUGAGGAGAUAGAGCUGCUCAAGGAUGGUCCAGGCUGGUGA